AUGACCAUGUCGCAUCUACUGAAGCAAACCAAGAAGUGUUGCGUUAAGAUUAUUCGCAAACUGUCGCUCAACUCGAGCACGACCGGUGGCGGUGGCGCAACCUCCGGCGGCGGCGACGAUGAUCAGUCACCGACGGCAGGCGGAGUGGGCCUCAACAAUCGCAUCACGGCCAAGUACGUUCUGCACAAGAACUGCACGCCGACACGCUGCAAAAUACAGCCGGGUUGCCUGGAAGGAGGUACCAACACCACCACCAAUUCGAGCUUCGAUGAGCUGCGCCACUCGACGUUCGGUUGGUCGGCCAGUUCCGGACUGGAGCACCAUCACCAUCAUCACCCGCCGCACGAUGGUGGAGGCUUUCAUCCGCUCGCGGAAGAGCAAUCGAUCGCCGGUGAGUCGCUGAGCUUCCGGCGGUCCUACUCGGGGUCGGACGACAACAUUCCCGAAACGCAAAACAACUACAGUGCGGCCCGGAACGCGAAGAACUUGCCGAAGAAGCGCACUAAUAUCACCAGCAACAAGAACGUGAAUCUGCGCAAAUGUUUCCGGCUGCGCUCGAAAACGUUCGACACAACGCCGUCGGUCGGAACGGCCGGUCCCCCGGUGGUGGCGGCUGCAGCAGGAGUCACGCAGGAAGUCACUGCACCGGUGCAGCCCAGUGCGGCGGUUCCAGCGGCGGACGUGGAGUUGCCGGACUCGCAGACACUGGCCAACAACAACAGCAGCAGCCGGUUGAUUGGGGCGCGGCUCGAUAAGAUCAGCAAAAGUUUGAUGCGCGGCGUCGACGUCGGUGGUGGCCCGGAGGAGCAGCACCAUCACCAUCACGGCGGAGGCUUGGCAAAAAUAUCGAAACCCCUGUUUCUGACCUCCAAGAAGCACCGGCGAAGUAACUACAACCACAUCGACGCGGCGGACGAUGACGAUGACGAGAACGAGUGCGAGGAGGUGGUCACGGUGGAAGAACUCGGUGGCGAGGUGACAACGGAGGGCGGUGAUGGACGGUGGCGAAGGUCAUACCACCAGGCGCAGGCACAGGAGGCAAUAACCCUCACGAGUAGUGCCCUCAUGUUCUCGGCGGGUGAUCGACAGCCGCAGCCGCAAUUCCGGCCACAGCAGGAACAGGAAACGACCCUCACGACACCGGCGGUGGCCAACCAGUACCACCACCACCAGAACGGCGGCCCGUCGGUACUGGAGCGCCUAACGGUGGCAGAAACGGCCGCCGCGAUCCUGUUCGAGAAGGUCAAGUACGAUCGCACCAAGCGCUACCUGAUCGAUCAGCUGACCGAGGCGGAAUCCACGUCCCUGUCCGGUGGUCCCGGUUCGCCGGCCUCGCUGGCCUUCCAGGGCCUCUCGUCGUCCUGCUCGUCCUCCCCGUUCCACCUGGCGGUGGCGGCAGCGGCGGCGAAAAGUGAGGACUUUGUCGACCCGUGGCGGAACUACAACAUCCGGGGCGGUACGAGCUGGGACAAGGUCUCCAAAAGCCCCUGGGAUUCGAGCGCUUCGGUGAAGGCUAGUCCGGUGGCUCACUCGACACCACCAGCACCGCCAGCAUCGCAACAGCCGGUAUCGGCGCACCCGGUCCAGAGCUCCUACACUCCGAUCCGAUCGCACUGGAACCCGUUCGAGUAUUCUCCGGCCCACUUGGCCCGGCUGGCGACCACCGGCAGUAGCCAGCAGCAGCAGCACCUACCGCCGUCAGCCGGUGUGGUGGUGGAACCAAAGCAUCCGCAGUACCGACCGGCGUUCCAGGUGCAAACGGACGUCUGGGAGAACCUGAACAACAAGCACUACGAGAUCGACACGGACGUGGUGUGGCGUUCGACGCGCUGCUCGUCGCGCCGCACCAGCGCCAGCACCGUCGAGACGUGGAUCGAUGACGAAACGUUCGACAAUUCGUUCAACGAGGAACUCGAGCGCCGCUGCGCCACCCUCCAGAUAUGCGAGUAAGGAUCGUCGGUUCCGCGAAGCAAUCGCCGUCAAUUCCGUCC